AUGCGUGGAUUAGCUGCGUUGUCCCCUGCAAAGAUCAAGUUGUUCAAACAAGCCUACCCUAUGAAAGGGUCAUGGGGUACUGUGGCCACUUCAACACCAAAGAGACAAGGGAACAAUGAUCCUGGCGAAGGAGGACUUGUUGCAAAAGAGAAAACCGAACCAAUUGUCGCCUUCAGCAGGCCUCCGCCCCUUCCACCGGUUUUCGGACCAUUGGUUCUUCUCUCUCUGCUAGAAACGUGGUGGAGUCGCGAUAACAAUGAUGACUAA